AUGGCCCCUGUCGGAGCAAAUCGUUCCGGCGGUUUCGACCACCACCACGAUAACCAGCACCACCACCACCAUCAGAGCCCGCUCCAGGCCGACGACGACUUUUCCCUCGCACACAUGAUUGAUACGGAGCCCAACGGCCCCGACAAUGGGGGCUCGCCGUCUGCUGUUGGCGCUGGCGCUCGAGGUCCUGGCAAUAACGAUGUCGUCGACAUUACGGCUGGGCAAAAGAUGGUGUCGGCCAUGUCGGGAAGCCUUCUAACUUCGCUACUCGUUACCCCCCUCGACGUCGUCCGCGUGCGCCUCCAAUCCCAAAAAGCCCCCGUCUCGACCGUCGACUUCUCCAAGCUCGCCAUUACCACCUCGUCCCUCACGCCCGCCCAGACCGCCGAGCUCGGAAUCACAUCCUGCUGCCGCGAGGUCUUCUUCUCGGGCGGCAACGCCGAGUUUUGCCUCGCCGCCCCGCGCAUCGAGGGCAUCACCGCCGCUCCCCCAGCCGCAGAGUGCGCCGUCGAGGAGGUUCAGCGCCGAACUUUCAGCACAACUUUUGACGGCUUGCGCAAGAUCGCCCGUAAUGAGGGCUUCACUACUCUGUGGAGGGGCUUGUCGCCUACGCUCGUUAUGGCCAUUCCCUCGAAUAUCAUCUACUUUACUGGUUACGAUUGGUUGCGGUACAACCAUAGUAGUCCAUUUUCGCGAUUCUCGGAUGCGACCGCUCCCCUCACAGCUGGAUCAGCAGCCCGUGUGCUUGCGGCGACAGCUGUCGGCCCCAUCGAGCUGAUACGCACGCGAAUGCAGGCUGCUUCUGGAACUGGCACGACAAAUCAUCUGGUAGAGACUUUCCAAGGCGUCAAGGAGAUGGUGGGCACACAUGGAUAUACUUCGCUGUGGAGGGGUCUUACCUUGACCCUCUGGCGAGACGUUCCUUUUUCAGGAUUAUACUGGUUUGGAUACGAAUCUAUUCGGUCGAGGUUGACUGACCUUCGGGAACAACGUCAUGGCCAUGCGCUGUCGCUCGAGGAUGAUUUGUCCGAGGCGCGGAGGAUAUCGCAGAGUCACGAGAACCACACCGAGACGUUUGUCGAUGCCUUUGCAGCUGGCGCCAUGUCUGGAGCUUUCGCCUCGUUUGUGACGACGCCUUUCGACGUUGGCAAGACACGGACACAGAUCUACCAGGACAUCUCCCGCAACGCCGCCAAGAGCAGCACAGCAGCCCAAGCCCCAGAGGAGCGCAAUAUGGUGCGCUUCCUGUGGCACAUCUUCAAGACCGAAGGCGCCUCUGGUCUCUGGAAGGGAUGGAUCCCGCGAACGCUCAAGGUAGCCCCCGCAUGCGCCAUCAUGAUCAGCAGCUACGAGGUGGGCAAGCGAGCAUUCCGGGGUGUCAACGAACGAGCGCAACUUCAGAAGGAAGCAGGCCGUUCGUAA